AUGAGUGCCAUUUCUUCUGGCUAUGGCUCAGCAAAUCAGGGUGCGUGGCUUGGGACUGCAUUCCUUCUCGCUACAUGUACAUUCACUCCGCUGUAUGGGCGGCUUUGUACGGUGCUAGGAAGGCGUGGUGCUCAUCAGCUCGCUCUUGCGUUUGCCGCACUCGGUACUCUGGGCUGCGGACUGGCGCCGGGAAUCGAAAUGUUGAUCGCUGCGAGAUUCUUGACUGGUCUUGGUGGUGGUGGUUUGUUCGUGACGGCUGGUAUUGUGACAGCGGAUAUGUAUUCUAUGCGAGAUAGAAGUCUGACCCAAGGGAUUGCUUCCGUUGUCAAUGGAGGUGGAUUGGGUAUUGGAGGAUUCCUUGGAGGUGCUAUUAUGGACCGUCUUGGGUGGCGCUGGGCCUUUUUCAUACAGCUCCCUUUCUUCCUUCUUGCGUUCACUCUGACCACAUUAUUCUUGGACUAUGAUACUCCGGGCAGCGCAAAGAAACCGCGCGACGUAUUGAAGCGCAUCGACUAUGGAGGCGUGUUUUCGUUGAUUCUCUUUGUCGGAAGCGCAUUGACAUUCUUGGCUUGCAAGUUCAAUGCAGACUACUCCUGGUCACACCCUUACGUCUUUGCGCCGUUGAUUGUGCUAUGCGUCUCCUUGAUUGCUUUCAUCGUUAUUGAGCUAUAUCUCACGCCAGAGCCGAUUAUGCCUCCAUUCCUAUUACACCAGAGAAUUCCAACACUAGUCGCCAUCAAUAAUGUCCUCGUAUCAAUCUGCAACUUCUCGAUCACCUACUUCUUCCCGAUGUGGUUUGAGACGGUCAAAUUGGUCAGCGCUGGAGAAGCAGGUGCACACAUUGCCCCAAAUAGUGUUUCAAUGUCACUCGGCUCAUUAUUUGCCGGCUGGCUCAUGCAUCGUACUGGCAAGUAUAAAACGCUAAACGUCGUCUUUGGUAUCCUCCCUACCAUCGCCGCAAUUCUGAUCGCCACUCUGAACGAGAGGUCUCCCGAGUGGGUGGAAUGGGGUAGCAUAAUUCCUCUCGGAUUCGGCAAUUCAGUGGUGCUUCAAACAACUCUCAUAGCCUUACUGGCAUCAGUUGAUCGACCAUCCAUGGCUGUCGCCAUGGGGUUUGUUCAACUCUUCAGUGGGUUUGGGCAAGUAUCUGGAGUAGCUGUUUCGUCAGCCAUCUUCCAAUACAUUUUGAGACGAGAGCUCAAAGCACGUCUGACUGGACCAGACUCUGCCGAGCUCAUCGAGAGAAUCAAGCGCUCCUCUGAGAUUGUUCGACAACUUCCUCGCGAACUUCAGCAGCCCGUUAAAGACUCCUACGCGACCGCUCUGACAGCCGUAUUCACGCUUGCGGCAGCUUGUACGUUUGCUGCGUUCCUUGUUCGUCUACCGAUCCCUGAGCUUUCAAUGGACGAGGACACUCCCGAGCAGACGAGCGAUACCAAGUCUGUGGAGUCACACGUCCAUUUCCGAUCGUUGACACCCCUGAGCCGAACUCCUUCAGAGAAUGGAAGCUCUCGGUCGACCUCUGUCGAGCGUGUCGUGGUCCAGGGGACCGGACGAAGAACCUCGCCUUCUCGAAGGUUGAUCGACUUUGCGGACGAAGAAGAGGCAGAGAGAGCACAUGGUGAUUCGACGCCUAUCCCAAUUCCCGGACGGCCAACGUUCAACCGUCUUACGACGUUCCAAAAUACGCCCAUGGAUGUCGAGCGUGGACGAUCAGCAAGAAAGUUACGAAACUCAAAGCCGAGAGACUCGAUAUAA